UUUCACAAAAGCUGGAGAUGGGGGUUGGGGGGGGUGUUAUUUCCCACACUUUCCAGAGGAAAAUGGAAACCCAGAAUUGAAAAGGGGCAUUCUGAGCCUGAAGGGAGACUGGGACAGAGACUUGAACCCCUUCCUGGCGCUGAGUUCUUUCAUGCUGUAGCUAAAGGUUGCCAAGGAUCCAUCGUGAUAUGGACAGCAGUAUAUAGCCCCUGAAAUUUGACUUGGGCCCAAACUGCCGCUUGGCUCAUUCUGUGAGACCAGGAUGGCUGACAGACCCCAAAAACUCCUUCCUGCUCCCCUCCCCAGAGUUGAGUUCCUCAAGUCCUCUCACUUCAAAAUUGGGCCUGACCCCCGCCUCCCAAAAGGAUGUAUGAAGACUGCUUUUGGUUGCUGGUUCCCUGCCCACUGGGGCGUCCACGCAGCAGCCCCUUUCCUUCCAGGCCCCAGCAAGGGGCUCUUCCAUCAGGACCUGGAGAAGAUCCGAGAGAUAAACAGCGAGACUCACACAGCCUUUCCUGUCCGUGCCAUGAACAGCUCCCAAUCAAGCAUUGACCUGCUGAUGCAAACCAGCAGCCUGAAGAUGCACGGAGACCCCCGAAUCGAUGUCUUCAAGACCACUUUCCAAGAGAAGUACACCUCCCCGGGACCUGAGGCUUUCAAUGCUUUCACCAAGGAAGCCCGAAGGCAGUUUGAUAAAGACAGCUUCCCCAGUGGAGACAGAGACAAGUUGGGGAUCCCUCUGACUCACAAUCGCCAGGUCUUCAUGCCCCAGCACCAGCUCCCCCAACCCCGAGCUCCUUCCCUGCACCUGGGAGGACCUUCUCCCCUGAAAUGGGGAAUGGAGCCUUAUCCAGAUACCUCCUAUCGAGAGGAAUUCCAAGGAAAAUAUAUUUCUCCUAUCCACCUCUGUGAGAAGGUGAAUUCCCACCUGCAGUUAGGAGACUCCAGAAUUGGUCUAGAAGGAAUCCAUUCAGAGCAGAAGAAUGCCUAUACUCCUCAGUGUCUGCCCCAGCCCAGGUAUAACAAGAAAGAGGCUGUAGCCAACAUUUUCCAGGUGCACAUCCAGCCUGGGGAUGGCCAUUUCCAUGCUUACCUCCCAGGUUACAAGGAUAUGGCUUCUGUGAAUACAUCUGAGCCAGUCUUCAAGCAUCAAACUGUAGCCGAUUCAUUAUUACUGAAGGGAGACCAAGACCCUGAAAGAUGCCGGGAAAGAAGCAACUUCACCACAAAUCACCACUCCUUUACCUGGAUGAAGCCUGAAGAAAGUACCAGGGAACCAGUCAACACACUGAAAAGUCAUGUGAUCUUGGGGGAGAGAAAUCCAAAGUCAGAAGUCAUGGUCACCACACACCAGAAGUAUUUCUCAAACCCCGAGCCAUCUUCAUCAGGGAUAGUUAAGAGUUGUUCCCUCUUUGAAAGUCAAAUCAAGUUGGGCACCAAUGAGAUGGAUUUCCUGACAACCUCGAGGCAGUUGAGACCUCAUUCAGUCAAGAAGAAUCCAGUGCCUGAGGAGAUAAAGGAGAGGGUUAAAUAUGCCCACAUCCUGCCCCCUCAGCCCGACCAUGAGUUUUCCACCGAAUACAACGACAGCUACCCAUUCAAAUAUGUCGGCCCGUUGGUCCUGCCGACUCGCAACUUUCAAGAAAGCAGUUUACCCCUGGGCUUGCAGAAGCGCUGGUCAGGCAGAGAGGUGGUGAUUCCCUGUUGAGGAGGGCCAGCCCUGCUGCUUCAGGCAUUGUCCUUCCCUGCCCAUCACCGAUUCUACCUACCUGUGUUCCAUUCCAGACACCUGCCCCUGCCCUGUCCAGCCACAGAUUGUGCCCCCCAUCUUAGAGCAAAAGGAAAACAAGGUUUUCUCUAAUUUUAAGAGUUGUGACCUGAGUAUAUAAUUAGUGACAGAGGAAGAGGCAACCUUGGGAACUUCCUCAUGCAAACUGCCCAGUUCAGUUCCUGGGAAUGCUGUUUUAAAUGAGAUCAUCUGUUCCCUUCUGCAUCUCUCCUUAUACCCAGUAAUUACUAAAGCAUCCCCAGCAAUCUCAGUGAGCAGGAAGCCCCCUGGACAGUGUGGGUGUGGCCAUCUUUUAGGAAGGACAUUGAUAAGGGGAUGUUAUGUGGGACCUUGUUGAAGGAAAUUGGGAUGAGAAGAGAAGGCUC